GGAUCGCGUCACAGCCUAUGAGAAGGACAGAACAUUGGAGAGAGUGACGCAAAUGUGUUGUCGAGCGGUGGGAGGGAUUAUUCUUACAUUAUCCAUUUAAUCGCUUUUCAAAGUCUAGGAGUCGUCAAUUAGGGUUAGGUAGUAGAUGCAGGUUCACUAUCAUCAUAGCCCAUCUAAAAGCGCACGGCACCGCAUCCCAACGGUCGCUCUGCACCACAACGCGCUUCUGACGAGCAGGGUCUUCCAUCCUGAGUCCACCAACUGCCAGUUCAGUUGAGCAAACUCUGCAGAGGAGCGUCGGAAAUCGGAGUGGAUUUCGUUGGUUUUCUAUUAUUUAAACACCUGACUAAAUUCAACUAUUUGGAGAAAAACUCGGACAUCAUCCAACAUCAAUUCAGUUGGAUUUAAAGUUAUGGCCCUAUCAGUGCUGCGCAGCAGUUUGCUUUUGCUAUGUGUGACAACUAUCCAAACUUGUCAUGGUGGCGGACAGAACUGCAUGGACAAACACCAGUUGGUUGGUGUUCUCCGUCAGAUGGAGAAGUUUCUGAAGGGACAGGAGAUGAGAUUCACAGAGGGACUACGCAUCAUGAAGUCCAAACUGGCAACCCUACAGAACUCUGUGUCCAAGCUACCGCAGGCCGAUCAGUCGGCUGCUCCGUCCGUUUGCCCCUCCCUGGAAGCCCCUGUCCACGGGAGGAAGUUUGGCUCCAACUAUUUAAUCGGUCAUGAGGUCCAUUUUACCUGUUCCCAUGGUUACCACCUGGUGGGCCCCGAGACACAUGUGUGUCAGGAGAACGGGAGUUGGAGCGGUGUCAACACCAUCUGUAAAGAUGUGAGUGAGUGCUCCAGUAACCCAUGCCAGAACGGAGGGACCUGUGUAGAGGGAGUAAACCAGUACAGGUGCACCUGUUCACAGAGCUGGAAUGGAUCCAACUGUCAGCACCAGACACAGACAGCUCCACCCGAGUGGAGCGUCAUGAAUGACCCGGCGUUCAGCAGACGUCCUCGCUGUGCCAAAGUGGACCGCGCCCAACACUGCAGCUGCGAUGCUGGCUUUCACAUGAGUGGGACAUCUGACAACAGUAUCUGCCAGGAUGUAAAUGAGUGUGAGGUGUACCGGCUGGACCAGGGGGGCAAGCUGUGUGUGUACGAGUGUGUCAACAUACCAGGCUCCUACCACUGCUCCUGCCCCAGCCACUAUAAGCUGCUGCCUGAUGGUAGGAGCUGUGAGGAUGUGGAUGAGUGUCUGACCCAGCAGCACAACUGCAGUAGAGGAACAACAUGUAUCAACACUGGAGGAGGGUUCCAGUGUGUGAGCCCAGAGUGUCCCCGAUCACACGGCAACAUCAGCUACGUCAAGACGUCUCCCUUUAAGCGUCAAGAGGUUAAACUUGGUCUCAACAUCUCCCCUCUUCUCCCUCACAGUCAGUGUGAGAGGAACCCCUGCCCUAUGGAGAGUCGUUCCUGUCACCUGGCUCCUAAGACGGUCUCCUUCCACUACCUCUCCCUCCCCUCCAACCUCCAGACCCCGGCAACCCUGUUCCGCAUGGCAACCGCAGCCGCCCCCGGCCGACCCGGCCCCGAUAGCCUGAGAUUCGGCAUUGUCGGGGGCAACAGCCGCGGGAUGUUCGUGAUGCAAAGGUCGGACCGCCAGACGGGUGAAUUGAUCCUAGUUCAGAGGUUAAGAGGACCACAGGAUAUCAGUGUUGAUGUGGACAUGUCAGAGUAUAGUGAUCGCACCUUCCAGGCUAAGCAUGUGGCGAAGGUGCAUAUUCUGGUAUCAGCGUAUAACUUCUGAGGAGGAUGGACGGACAGAGGAACGAGUGAAAGGGACAGAGGGAGGAAGGGAGAAGAGGAAUGAAGAAGGAGGAGAGAGGGAGAAGAAUGGAGAAAAGGAGGAGGACGGA